AUGUCGGAAAUAAAUACAUUAGCAUUCGUUAAAAUGUUUCUUCAUCUAGCCAAAUAUCCCGAAUUGGCUGUUAAUGGUGUUUUAUUAAGCACUCGAACAGAUUCAACAAAAGAUGAAGUUGAUUCAGCAUCAUAUUUAAAUUUUGUCGAUUGUAUUCCAUUGUUUCAUGGUGUUCUUUCAUUAUCGCCUAUGCUUGAAAUAGCAUUAUCACAAAUCGAUGCUUAUUGUUCAACACGAAAUUUAACUAUUGCUGGUUAUUAUCAUGCUAAUGAGAAUUUUUCCGAUACAAAUCCUAAUCUUACCGCUGCAAGAAUAAUGGAAAAAAUCAGAGAAAAUAAUCCAAACGCUGCUUUAAUUAUGAUCGAUAAUACUCUUGUCGACUUAGAUGAUGGUAGUCGGUUUUAUAAUGUCUUCUUAUGGAAUGAUAAAGCAUGGAAAAAUACCAAUGAUUCACAUAUCGUCGGUGAUGAAAGUCGUUUGUGUGCAUUAAGUCUUCUUAAACGUAAUCAACAUCGUCAAUUAGUUGAUUUCGAUAAUCAUUUAGAUUCCAUCUCCAAUGAUUGGCGUAAUCCGCAUAUACAAAACGAGCUUCAAUCAAUCCCUUUUUAG